AUGACCAAAUUUUUAGUGGUAAACUGCCCAACCAUAUACAACGUCAUCCUCGAAAGGCCAAUCUUGGAUGAUUUAAACGCGGUCACAUCAGUGCGCUACCAAACAAUGAUAUUUCUGACUACCGGAGGAGUCGCAAUGAUCAAGAGUUGCACCAAGGAAUCUCAGGAAUGUUACAACCGAGCUAUAAAUGCCACGCAGAACUGGCUGCACACAAGGACAAUGAUCAUCGCAGAAUCUAAGCCGAACCCCAGACCACUCGAGGAUAUCAUAGAUCCUCGCGUCCAUAUAGAAGAGCCCGUAACAAGGCCGAUAGAAGAAUUGCGAGAGAUAAGGGUCAUCGAGGAAGACUCAACUUGUGUACUAAAGGUCGGCAGUGGCUUGAGUGGCAAGGUGGCCGAUAAUAUGGAGAGCUUCCUAAAGAAAAACCUCGACGUGUUCGCGUGGGUGCAUGCGGACAUGGUAGGGAUCAGCCCCGAGUUAAUGUGCCACAGGUUGAACCUCAAUCCUAAAGCUUGGCCAAUAAGGCAGAAAAUAAUAUCUAUGGAUGCAGAGCACUCUAAAGCGCUCAAGGAUGAAGUUGAUAAGCUCCUGAACAUUAACUUCAUCAAGGAAGUCAAAUACCCAGAUUGGCUUGCCAACCCGCUAGUAGAUGCAACAGAUGAGAAUGCACUUCUUAGUUUUAUGGAUGCAUACUCGGGAUACAAUCAAAUCCCAAUGUACCAGCCUGAUGAAGAGCAUACCUCCUUUAUUACUAACCGCAGAAUUUAUUGUUACAGGGUCAUGUCAUUCGGACUCAAGAAUGCUGGGGCGAUUUACCAGCACCUGGUGAACAAGAUGUUUGCCGACCAAAUUGGCAAGAUUAUGGAAGUUUAA